GGACCCGGCCGGUCCGUCACUGAAAAUCCUCCCCGCUUAAGUGGACCGACAGGAAGUUGUUCCCUCACUGAAAGUAUUCCGACCUGCGCAGCCGCAGAAAUCAUCCGCGCCCCCAACGGCCAGACGUUUAGCCGCCUGUGGUUGGGUGGAUGCGGAGCAGGUUCAGCGGAACAUGGAGCGCUGUCUGCGUGGAUGAGCAUUUAAAAUCCAGCUGAUCAUGAGUGGGCCUGUGCGUGGGAUACUAGAAGACAUGGAUCGACAGAUUAUGCCGGCCGUAUGUGAAGAGGACACAAUGUCUUCUACCUGCGUGGGGAUGUCAGAUUUGUCCGAUGAGAUCCUGCUCUGCAUCCUCCGCCAUGUUCCUGUGUGUGACCUGCUGAUGAAUGUGGCGAACGUCUGCCAAAAGCUGCACACACUGUGCCACGACAAGGCCCUGCUCACCAACGUCAGCCUGUCUGAGGACUAUAAGGCUGAUGAUCUGUUGCUUCGCCACAUUAUCAAGCAGCUCGCUAAUCACGUGCAGUCUCUCUGCCUUAACGGUUGCUACUGGCUGUCAGGUUCUACCAUGGAUCAUCUCGCUCGCUGCAGAAGAGUGACUCAUCUCGAUGUCACCGGCUGCCGCCUCACUUCUACUUGUUUGUCCAGGCUCCUCUCCUCCCUCUCUUCUCUCCAGUCACUUGCCUUUGACGUGACGCCGCGCUUCCACUCCGGUCACCUCAGUUCAGAGGCGGUGGACACACUGAGCCGCCUGUCAGAGCUCAGGCAGACGCUCUUGACGCCAAGUUACGGUGUGGUGCCAUGCUGUUCCCAACUCCGCAAGCUGAUGCUGCAGUUUGACAUCUCAAAUGUGACCAGAGAUGGUGUUGGUGUUUGCUGCCAGUUGAUGGUCGGUCAGAGUAGUGUGCCACAUUACCAACAGCUGGAGGAGUUCACAGCCAGGCUGGCUCCGGGAGAGGUAAACCAGACCUUGCUUCUUCUCUACCUGGCAGUGUUCAGCGUUCACGUUCCAAAGCGUCUCAGAGUUUUCCUCGUGUCGAUUCCUGGUCCCAAUCCCGCUCACUGGCCUGCUGCUCCCUCGCUGGCUCAGAGCUUGGGUCAACGGGGGGAUCUGGUGGCCCUGCAGCUGCCUCGGACCUGGCUAGAUCCUCAGUCGCUAAAGCGAGCUCUGGAGGGAAACAGCCCCAAGCACCUCAGCUUCAGCCGCUGCCCGGUCUUCUGGCCGCAGGUGUUCCAGUCGCUGCUGGAGGGAGGAGUCAAAGACGCCACACAGCUGACCAGCCUGAACCUCAGCGGGAUCAACCAUGUUCUUCACUCGGAGUGCAGGAGUGUGGAAGAUCAGCAGCUGGCUGCUGAGACAAUGAGCCAGUUGGCGGAUUGCUGCUGCAAUGUUAAACACCUAAACCUCAUGCACACACAUUAUCACCACGAAAACUCACCCGGGCUGGAUGUCGGAACACACCUGUGUGCGAGCUUGGCUAAACUCAGACACCUGCGCUCUCUCACUCUGCCCGCCUGCGCUCUGUCAGAUGGCGUAAACGUUCAUCACAUCUCGACGCACAACAGCCCCCCUUCCCCUUUGUUCCAGGGAUUAAAGAAAGCUCCACGUGUGGGGCUCCAGAUUUACAAGCCCGACUCAGAGUCUUCUCUGUUCAGGGACAGCACCACAGGGCUCGCUUUGCUCUUAGCCGGCUGCCCUUUUUUGGAGACCUUUGAGCUCAUUGGUCCGGGUUUUGCCUCCGCGCUGCCUCGGCUCGAGCCGUGCACUCGCGCCAGCGUGGAUCCUCGCGGUAUGUGCGCUUGGGCACGAGGAGUAGCCGACGCACACUUAGCAGCACUCGGGGAUUUGCCUCGAUUGCGUCGUCUGACUCUGGCGGGACUCCCUGGGGUCCUUAGGGGGACGGGACUGGUACGGCUGUCCAGGCAGUGUAGAGACCUGCGAGUAUUAUCCCUGGCCAAUCUGGGAUCCCUGAAAACCAUGAACUACAACACUGCCUUGCUGGAUACACUGAAGGAAUGCACACAACUACAGGAACUAAGGUUAGAGCAGCCCUACCUGAACGCCAACGCGUCGUUCUUCGAGGCUCUGUCCUGCUGCUCCCGUCUGCAGCGCGUCUGCAUUAUCUCACGCAGCGGCACCUUCGACCCGUCGGCCCUAGAGACCUUCAUGGAGCACUGCCGCUGCGUCAUCAUGUGUCACGUGUUCAUGAGCGGCACCUUGGUGGCCUGCCGGACGCUGCAGAAAACUCUCAUGGACAGAUUUUCGUCUGAACGCCCGGCUCUCAGCGUGGUCAUCUAUCCGUUGCAACACGAGGACCUGCCUUCAGUCAUGAGAGAGAUUCCACUAACGCUGCUGGAUCGGAUAACUUUGUUUCAGAGCCACGUAGCUCAGCCGCCACAUUUAUCGCCGCUGUGACGUCACCCAGAAAGCUUCAGUGUGACUGGAGCUCAGCAGCUCAGAGCCUUUCCUUCUGUAGGUAAUAAAAGUCACAAAUGAAAGAGUCUGUCAUCUGUACUCUGAUUUCUAAUUGUGUGUUACAUCAGCUGUUUCAGGCUGCUCCACAGCAGUGCAUCCACUGUGAUUGUUUACACUGACAUGCCACUCUACCCAUGGUCUCCGAAGGGAAGGCUAAUCAAGUUAGAGUUUAUUGGUCCAGGUCAUUUCAUAUCCGAGGCCUCUGGGGCCUAAGUUGUGUCUUCGUUUGGCCACUAUGUUACUUUCAAAGUUAGUGCCAAAAACAUAACAAAUAUGGGGUUCAUUUGUACUGAUAGCUUUGUACCUGAGGCUAUGAAUCAGAAUGUCAUAAUAAGUCAUAAUAAACUCCAUUUUUAAUUCUU